AUGUCUGCGGACGUCCAACCAACACCAACAUCGACUCGAGCCCUGGUCUCAUACGAACCCACCACCGCCAGCCAGGUCGACUGGAGAUUGGAAGACGUGUCGUUGCGUGAGCCCAAGGAUGACGAGCUGGUGAUUCGACUGGUGGCAACAGGCAUCUGCCAUACCGACCUCGUGUUCGGGUCGUUGCCCACACCGUUCACGACAUACCCCAAAGUGCUGGGUCAUGAAGGGGCGGGAUACAUCGAGCGGGCAGGUGCAAAGGUCGACGUCGGCAAACCCGGAGACGCCGUCUUGCUAUCCUACUCCUCCUGUGCGACGUGUCGAGACUGCGUCGACCACCAUCCAGCAUAUUGUGAGUCGUUCGCGGCCAUAAACUACGAGACCGAGACCGACACUUUUGUCUCGAAGGAGGCUGCAACGCCUCUGGGGCUGGGUGGCCUCUUCUUCGGCCAGUCCAGCUUUGCCAACUACACGAUUGUGAAGCAAGCUUCGGUGGUCAACGUCAGUUCCAUCGUGCGCGACGAGUCUGAGUUGAAACUCUUCGCUCCGCUGGGCUGUGGAUUCCAGACAGGAAUGGGCGCCGUCGACGUGGUGGCCCAGGCGGGCCCUGGCGACGCCGUGGUUGUCUUGGGCGUUGGCGGUGUCGGCUUGUCCGCGAUUGCGGCUGCCAAGUUCAAUCGUAGCCACACCAUCAUCGCCGUCGACCGCGUCAAGUCCAAGCUGCAGCUCGCGCUCGAACUCGGAGCCACACACGUCAUCGAGAGCUCCGACGACACCGACCUGGUGGCGGAAGUCAAGGCUUUGACGCAAGGCGCCGGCGCCAGUAUUGUCGUCGACACCACGGGCAACAUGAAAGUCAUCGAGGCCGGUCUGGCCCUGACGGCCAAUCGCGGCCAGCUGAUCAUUAUAGGCGUACCGCCGAUGGACGCACAGCUCGGUGUCCAUCUGGUGACGUUUAUGCAGACAGGCAAGAUAUUGCGAGGCUGUAUCGAAGGCGACGUCAAUCCGGCAGAGUACAUUCCGGAGAUGAUCAAGCGAUUUCGGGCUGGCCAAUUCCCCAUCGACAAGCUCGUCAACUUCUACCCUGAGUUCCACAGAGCGUUGGCGGAGAUGAAAGAUGGACGAAGCGUCAAGCCCGUCUUGGUCUGGUGA